UCUUGUUUAGAAUAUUUGAACUUUGAUGUCAGUCAGUUGGUGUUUCUUGCAAGCGUAUAGUCAAAACUAAGCCUGUGAAAAUAUAGUAUUAAAACAUCAUGUAUGAUGAGCCAUUUGGAAAUUCUCCGUUUUGGACACCAAGAGUUCAAAUUGUUGAAAUAUCACACUAUGAAAUUAUAAAGAGAAUAAUAUGGUUUUUCCUAGAUGAUUGGCUAGACUUGUCUGCCAUCUACCUUGUAUUUGUUUUAUAUUACUUCGAGGAUGAAGCAGAUGACGAGUUGACUCUUAGUCGCAUUGACAGAGCUCGUUCGGCGAUUGCGUUUCAAACAGUAGGGAUUUUUAUUGUAAAAUAUAUAGGGGAUGAGGAUUUAAGAAGCUCCCGAUAUUGGAUGCACCUCGUCAUUUUUUGCCUGGCGUUGGCGAUAACUGUUGAGCCUAUCGUUAGAUACUGGGAAGACAAAGAGCUAAAUAGCAAGCUAACAAAAAAAUUGAUCAAGCUUUUCCCGUGGUUUUGGACCAGAGAAUCACAGCCACAACUAAUUGAUAGCACCAGUGAAUCAGAAGAGGAAACGCAAGAAAAGAAAAUAGUAAGGGAAAGAAGAUCGCCUUCAAGUGAGCCCCCUCUUCCACCGCGCACUCCUACUGGAAGAAUGGGAACUCGAGCCGUGAGUACAACCAUGCGGGCUCAGUCUCAGGAAUUUGCCACACCGACCAUGGCUCAAGCUGGAAAAAAACCUGCAGUACGUACCCUACCACAGUUAGUAGCACAGAGAAAUCAGCCAAGAAGAAGUCCGCGAAGCAAGAGAUAAUGCAUAUCUACUUAAAUACUCGAUAUCUACCAUAUGAACUGCUGACAUUGCAUAUGAAACAUUUUUUACCUCAUAAAUUGCGGAUUACUACAAUUUAUAAAACAUCAUAUGCAGAAAAAGGGUUUCAUUUUUUGUUUUAUAUCAUUUUUAAUUGUCGAUGUGUGACCGUUAACCAAGCAACUAGCCGAUAUUUGACUGAUUACCAACAAACUGACUGCAUAUAUUUUUUUUAAAUACUCUUACUAUUCGAUUUACUAUCGUCUUUAAAUUCUCUUGCAAUUUUUACUAUCGUGUAUCUUGCUUAAGAAAAACCACAUCUAGAGCAUGAACGAAGUUAUCGAUAUUUCACUAGUAAGGUUUAAACAAAUGUUGCAUCUUUACUUGAUUUGGUUCUGUAAUAUCAGUGUUUUAUUCUAUAAGACAGGAAAAAAACGUUCCUGUUUCUUUUUCUGUUGUGUUUUAGAUUAUUUUCAACUAACCCAUCAAAAACUAAUAUAUUACUUAAAUAAAA